AUGACCAUGAACAAAUCCCAGAUUUUGCGCCUGGCGCUUAAUAAUUGUUGUGAGUUGAGAAACGUAAGGCUGAGCGAGGCGCCUGAGCUCAAGCACUUUAAGUUUUUUGAUAUCAAGAUUAUUGAAGGGUGUAGCAUCAAAAUCGAUGUCCCAAAUCUCGAGACAGUCUUUAUCAAUGGCCCAUGGAUUUGGUCUCACCGCCAAAGCACAUUAUUGUUCUCUCGUCUCACGAGUUUGUAUCUCAAUAAUGUGAUCAUGUCGAGCGAGUCGAUCGACCUGUUAUCGUUCGGCUGCCCAACUCUUGCGAACUUGGCCCUACAUGAUUGCUCCGGUUUCGAGGAAUUCCAUCUUGCAAGUGAUUCGGUCAAGUUCUUGACCAUCUUGACAAGAAAAAUACCGCUUAAAGGAGCUAUGAUUUGUGCCCCGAACAUUCUCACUUUUAAUUUCAAUGCCGGUAUUCACCAGGUGCCGGACACAUUCUCUUUCACGACCACUACUUCCAAGAUGUGGCACUCAAAUGUAUUCCUCUCUUCGCGUCAGGAGGAUCCCGAUCUCGACGUCAAUUCGUGGUUUCUUAAGCUGAGACGAAUGCUCAAGGCACUAAGUGGGUCUCAAAUUUAUCUGACUACGCAGAUAAACAACGGCCCUCUGGAUGUGCCAUGUGGUGCUGUUGACAACAGUCGUCUUCCCAAUGACAAGCCGCCUGUGGUUAUGGAGAACUUGACAUUUAGUACUUCUAAAUGUCGAACGGCAUCUUGGUACUCGGGCUUUACAAAUGGUUUGUUCCGUGUUUGUCGACCGAGGAGUAUAUGGAGUGGUGUGUACCUGAGCCAGUCGGACUACCGGCUCUCAGAGUUUCAGUUCAACAUCUUGCUUGCAAACAUGAGCCUGGGGACCGAGCCUUACUUUUGGCAGCACGAUUUGGAGCAUGUGUACGUGAACACUUUCUAUGGGCAGCUCAUUCACUGGACGGACCUUUCAGAAUUGCUAAACAGGACAUAUGACAAUAUAAUAUGCCUUGAGUUGAAAUGGAGAGGUCAGACGACGGCAUAA